AUGACGGAAGCUUCACCAGAACCGGCGCCGGUCGACGCCCAAACGAAGCCCGUCGUCGACGACUCCGACUCCGACUCCGAUUCCGAUCAUCAGCUUCCCAGUCCGUCCCGAGAAACCGCCUCUCCUACGCAACAGGGCAAGGCAGCCGAGUCUUCAGACAAUGAUGGCGACGGAGGUCCUGCGCCCGCCAGUGUAGCGGGGCAAAAGGCGGAGAAGAAGCCCCAAGACCAACAUGCGGAACACGAAGAGGAGGACGACGACGAAGACGAUGAUGACGAGGAAGAGGACGAUGACGACGAUGAUGAAGAAGAUGACGAUGAUGAUGAUGAAGAUGAGGAACCUAGACUCAAAUACGCCAGGUUAACACAGCACCUUGGCCCCAUCUACCGUAAUGGCGACGCGACCAGCGCCUUCCUUGUGGCUGGCGACAAGAUGAUCAUCGGGACGCAUAAUGGCACUAUUCACGUAAUCCAAUUGCCCAUGUUCCAGUCGCUCCGAGUCUACAAAGCCCACUCCGCAUCCGUGACGAGCAUCUCCAUCUCGCCGAAUCCUCCCCCACUACCGACGGCACGCGCCGAAGCCGUCCAGAGACUGGCCCAGGAAGCCGCCGACAAUGUCGCAAGACGCCCCCCGUCCGUGCAGUCGGGAUCACCAGCGGCAGCCUCUCGAAAGCCCAAGGAACCCACCCCGAUCCCGAACACGCCCUCCAAUAACAUACACGUGGCUACCUCGUCGAUGGAUGGCAACGUCUGCGUCUUCUCCCUGACCGACCCGAAGGACGUUCAAUUGCGCAACUUCGCCCGCCCCGUGCAGGCUGUGGCACUGUCUCCCGAUUACAAGAACGAUCGGACGUACCUUUCGGGUGGCCUCGCUGGCCAACUGAUCUUGACCGUCGGUGGAUCGCCUGGCCGAAGCACAUCCACGACGGUGGGAACGGCGGCCGCAACUGCCUCUGGCUGGCUCGGUAGCAUGGGACUCGGUGGCAACGCCGGCAAGGACACAAUUCUACACUCCGGAGAAGGCACCAUCAGCACCAUCAAGUGGUCCUUGUCCGGGAAGUACGUCGUUUGGCUCAACGAGCACGGCGUCAAGAUCAUGCGUUCGAAGCUGCACUUGGAAAGCGGCGACUCGGACGACGCUUGGAAGCGCAUCGGACACAUCGAUCGCCCCCAAACCGACGAAUGGGAAACCAUGGCAAGUGUCUGGAAGGGCAGAGCCGAAUGGAUCGAUGAGCAGGCGGUGGAAACGGACGAUGCCGAUGCUCCUCGGCAAGAGGCCGAGGGGCCUUCUGCGGCCGACGGCUUGAGACAACAGACCUCGUCCGGCUCCAAAAGCAUCGAGAGACUCGUCGUCGGAUGGGGAGGUACCAUAUGGAUCAUCCACGUCCACCCGGGCACCCCCAGCACUGGCAAACGCGGCGGCGAAAGGACGAUCGGCCGUGCCGAGAUCGCGAAGCACCUUCGCAUGGAUUGCAUCAUUUCUGGAAUUUCGUUAUAUACCCAAAAUCUCCUCCUUGUUUUAGCAUAUGUUCUGCCAGACGACGACGAAGAAAGCGGCGAGGAUGAGGUACGAGCGGGCAAGGGCCACAAGUCGAAGCCUUCGACGACCUCGACUAGUAGCGAGCCGUCCGGGGGCAUCAAGCGACGACAAAACCACCUUCCGCCGGAACUGAGGCUCAUCGACCUCACGUCCCAGGCCGAAGUCGACAAAGACGGUCUCAGCGUGAGCAGAUAUGAGAGGCUCACUUCCGGUGAUUAUCAUCUUGGCGUUCUGCCGGCCCAGAAUGCGGCGUCUGCCGUCUCCGCGUCCCGGGGAGCCCUCGACACCAUUGCUGGGUUCGGGUCCGACAUGUGGAGUGCGGCCACCAAUCCGAGAGCGUUAUUCAGCUCCGGCGCGAGUAUCAGAAGCAGGAACAGUGGCGACGACGUGUCGAGCACGCAAGUCCCGAGCAUGGCCGGCGGCCCCCGCCGACAAGCAACGCAGACGGUCCAUCCCAACCUGAUCAAGCCAGGUGUCAAGAUCUUCAUUCACAGCCCGUUCGACUUCAUCCUGGCGACGAAACGGGAUCUCGGUGACCACUUGGGUUGGCUGUUGGAGCAUCAAGAAUACCGAAAGGCUUGGGAGCUGUUGGAUGAGCACCCCGAGAUCAUGGCAUCGCCGCCGGAAAACCUUCACGAGUUGGUCCCCUCGACACCGGACAAGAAGCAGGGUAGCCAGGACGACCUGCUGGACGACGGGUCAUCUGUGAUGGGGUCAGUUGGUCUCGCGAGGCAUCCGAACUCUUCGGCCCAGAAAGAAAAGAGGCGAAUCGGCGAGUUGUGGGUUCGAGAGCUGAUUGAAGCUGGCAAUUGGGCCGAGGCUGGGCGAGUCUGCGGCAAAGUUCUCGGAUCCUCUGAUCGGUGGGAGAAAUGGGUCUGGACGUUCGCCGGCGCCGACAAGUUUGACGACAUCACCAAUUACAUCCCGUCCGAGCCCAUGUACCCACCUAUCCCGGGCACCAUUUACGAAGUCGUCCUCAACCACUACAUCCAAGCAGACAAGCUGCGGUUUCGGGAGUUGUUGGACCGCUGGUCGCCUGACCUUUUCGACAUCAAGACCGUCACCACCGCCCUGGAGAACCAGCUCAAGUAUCGCGAUGUUCGCGAGGACAGCAUCGAGGGUGGGGAGAAGGGACGCGACUGGAAGAUUGUCAUGGAAUCCUUGGCACGUCUUCACGAGGCGAACGGGCGGUAUCGGGAGUCGUUGAAGUGCUACAUCAAGCUCCAGGACGCGGACUCCGCGUUCCGGUUGAUCCGCGACAACCACCUCGCGGAAGCAGUCGCGGACGACAUCCCCAGCUUCAUCGGCUUGCGGGUGCCCUCCAAGCAUGAUCACAUGCGCGAACCCGACUUUGAGGCUGCCACCUCGGAAGCAAUAACUCUACUUGUCGAUGAGGCACAGCAUGGGCUGGUGAAGCCAUCGGUCGUCGUGUCGCAACUGCAGGAGAAGAACCUCAAACUGUACCUGUACUUUUACUUGCGUGGCCUCUACAAGGGCGAAGGUAUUGAAGAGCACUCGGGAGAAAACAAGGACCGGCUUUUGAUGGAAAGCCAGUCACUCGUGGACGAGUUUGCCGACUUGACGGUGCAACUUUUUGCGAAAUACGAUCAGGCCCUGCUGAUGAGCUUCCUGAAAUCAUCGACGUCGUACACGUUUGAAAAGGCGGUGCAAGAGUGCGAGAUGUACAAAUACGAUGACGAGCUGGUCUACCUCUACUCCAAGACGGGUCAGAUGAAGCGGGCGCUCUACCUCAUCAUCGACCGACUCAAGGACGUGAAGAAGGCCAUCGACUUUGCCAAGCAGCAAGACGAUCCGGACCUUUGGGAAGACCUCUUGGACUAUAGCAUGGACAAGCCGAGCUUCAUCCGCGGCCUACUCGAGGAAGUAGGCACCGCGAUCAAUCCCAUCAAGCUCGUAAGGCGCAUCCCCGAGGGACUGGAGAUUGAGGGUCUCCGCGAAGGCCUGAAGCACAUCAUGAAGGAGCAUGAGAUCCAGCACAGCAUCAGUUCCGGUGUUGCCAAGGUCCUGCGAAGCGAGGUCGCCGCCGCACAGAACGAGCUGCGCAGCGGUCAGCGCAAGGGUAUCAAGUUUGAAGUGGUCCUGCAAUCGAUCGAGCACGUCGAUGUCAGGGUGCGGGAUGUCGUUCAUCCGCCAAUCGGCGCCGAAGAGGUGGAGGACCGCUUCCUGCAGCCGAAGUCGGAGCAGCCGGGGCACACGCACCGGGCUCCCAAACCGGGGCAUUGUGCCGAGUGUCAUGAGUCAUUUUCCGAAUACGAGGUGGAGACGCUAGUGGGCUUUGCAUGCGGGCACGUCUUCCACCUCUCCCAUCUGCUCGAGGUGCUCUACCCGGGCAGGAAAUUGGAAACGGAGUAUGGCGCGGGAAGCGAGGAGUCCAUCCGUAGCGGGUACCGAGUGGGUAGCAAGGUCACGCAUGCGCGUUUGCUCAAGGAUCGCAUCAGGGAGGGGUGUACCGUGUGCACGCAGCGAAGCGCCGAUGUGCCCGCGUAG